GGGGGUAUCGUAUGCAGGGAUACGAGUGCAGUACAUUUGGACUGGUUAGAUGCAUAUCGUAUGUUUGUUCCGCAAAAGCGGUCUCGCCGUUGGUUUAUGAGUUCGCGUUAUGAAACGGGCUGUGAUACCUUACAGUACAGUACGUAGAUACGUACCGUGCUGCAGCCAACGUGGUUGUGCGGCAGUGCCAUACUCGCUUCAACGAACCUUGACGUUUGAACCAUAGCAAAAUUUGGUUCUGCAUUCAGCUAUUAUCCUUUGCAAAUUUCGUCAUUUUGCCUUAGCUUGCUCAUCACCCGCACUAGCUACUGGGAUUUAGUUUAGUGAUUUGUGAUUAGUUAGCAUUUUCAACUUAAAGCUUCUAGCACAAGCGAGAUACAUAUACUGUACGAACCGACCGGAAGUUUUGGAAGUCCGUUUUUAAAAUUGUUACUGCAUUUCUAUCCAGGCUUGCAACUACCCCGUUGUGAUACCACAGCUUGUAGUGGGUUACGGGCGACCUCCCCACCAUGCCGCGAGUACAGUCUGGAAGUAAUCCCUUUCCGCCUGCAGAUCCACAAUUUGAAAGCCCUAAUUCUUACCCGGCAUACCAACCACAACCGCCACAACCAACAGGGCAGACAGUGUAUUACCAUAAUCAACAACCUGGAUAUGAGCAAAAUGUGGUGUAUACACAGCAGGGUCCCGGAGUGGUUUACACACAACCCGGAAUGGUCCAGAUCAACACGGUGAUGCAGCCCGGUCAGAUGAUACCACCAGGACAGGUCGUGUGGGUGGCUAUGCCAGAACCCAUACCUGGUUGUCCGCCCGGAUUGGAAUACUUGUACGCCAUGGAUUCGCUGGAUGUUAAGCAGAAAAAAGAGUGGUUGGAAGUGUUCAGUGGAUUCGAGACAUCCAACAAAUAUGUGAUCCGAGACAAAAUGGGGCAAUACGUGUAUUUCGCCGUGGAAAAUUCGGAUUUUUGCUCCCGGCAAUGUUUGGGUACUCUUCGACCUUUUGAUCUGGGUGUGUACGAUAAUGCGCAACGGCAGGUGAUGAAUAUUCAUCGGCCGUACAACUGUACCGGAUGUUGCUGUCCGUGCUGCUUGCAGACCAUGCAAGUAGAGGCUCCACCGGGCAAUCCGAUUGGCCAAAUUGAAGAAAACUGGUCGUUCUGUCUGCCGCGAUUCACCAUAAAAAACAGGAACGGCGAGCCGGUUCUGAAGAUCGAGGGACCGUGUUGCACUUCCAGCUGUUGUGGCAAUGAUGUUAAAUUCAAGGUUGUAACGGCCGAUGGGAAAGCAGAAAUAGGUGAAAUCUCGAAAAAGUGGGGAGGCCUUAAGGAGUUCUAUACUGAUGCCGACACCUUCGGAAUUACAUUUCCAUUGGAUAUGGACGUGCAUGUUAAAGCAACACUGGUUGCAGCAUGUUUCCUGAUUGAUUUCAUGUACUACGAACAAAGUGGCAACAACAACAAUUGAAAGAGAUGAACCGCUACGCUUGGAGUGGCAGCGGUUAUAAUUAAUCUGAUUUAUUUUUUACGCAUUUGUACGCUUAAGUUUGUAUUGUAUUUACUGCUACUGUUUUGGUGGAUUUUGAAACAAUGUUGUCGCACUUUUGAUCACGACGGUUUAGAUUUUGGAGGUACAAAUACUUUGCUUCAAACGAUUCGCACACUGCAAACAUGUUCAAUUUUUGCCCCCGUAAAUGUAAUUACCUGUUAAGUCACUUUAUUUGGUUGUUGAUUUUACUGUAAAUUAAUUUCAGUUAAUUGUGAAUUAUUAAAGAUGAC